AUGGAGGAUAUAGCGGGCCCUACAGAGGAUAUAGCGGCCCCUGAAGAGGUUAUAGCAGCCCCUAAAGAGGAUAUAGCGGCCUCUACAGAGGAUAUAGCGGCCUCUACAGAGGAUAUAGCGGCCCCUACAGAUGAUAUAGCGACCCCUACAGAGGAUAUAGCAGCCCCUACAGAGGAUAUAGCGGCCUCUACAGAGGAUAUAGCGCCCCCUACAGAGGAUAUAACGCCCCCUACAGAGGAUAUAGUGGCCCCUACAGAGGAUAUAGCGGCCCCUACAGAGGAUAUAGCGACCCCUACAGAGGAUAUAGCAGCCCCUACAGAGGAUAUAGCGCCCCCUACAGAGGAUAUAACGCCCCCUACAGAGGAUAUAGUGGCCCCUACAGAGGAUAUAGUGGCCUCUACAGAGGAUAUAGCGCCCCCUACAGAGGAUAUAGUGGCCUCUACAGAGGAUAUAGCGCCCCCUACAGAGGAUAUAGUGGCCCCUACAGAGGAUAUAGCGCCCCCUACAGAGGAUAUAGCGCCCCCUACAGAGGAUAUAGCGCCCCCUACAGAGGAUAUAACGCCCCCUACAGAGGAUAUAGUGGCCCCUACAGAGGAUAUAGCGCCCCCUACAGAGGAUAUAGCGGCCCCUACAGAGGAUAUAGCGCCCCCUACAGAGGAUAUAGUGGCCCCUACAGAGGAUAUAGCGCCCCCUACAGAGGAUAUAACGCCCCCUACAGAGGAUAUAGUGGCCUCUACAAAGGAUAUAGCGCCCCCUACAGAGGAUAUAGCGGCCCCUACAGAGGAUAUAGCGCCCCCUACAGAGGAUAUAGCGCCCCCUACAGAGGAUAUAGCGCCCCCUACAGAGGAUAUAACGCCCCCUACAGAGGAUAUAGUGGCCCCUACAGAGGAUAUAGCGCCCCCUACAGAGGAUAUAGUGCCCCCUACAGAGGAUAUAGCGCCCCCUACAGAGGAUAUAGUGCCCCCUACAGAGGAUAUAGCGCCCCCUACAGAGGAUAUAGUGGCCCCUACAGAGGAUAUAACGCCCCCUACAGAGGAUAUAGUGGCCCCUACAGAGGAUAUAACGCCCCCUACAGAGGAUAUAACGCCCCCUACAGAGGAUAUAGUGGCCCCUACAGAGGAUAUAACGCCCCCUACAGAGGAUAUAGCGCCCCCUACAGAGGAUAUAACGCCCCCUACAGAGGAUAUAGUGGCCCCUACAGAGGAUAUAGCGCCCCCUACAGAGGAUAUAACGCCCCCUACAGAGGAUAUAACGCCCCCUACAGAGGAUAUAGUGGCCCCUACAGAGGAUAUAGCGCCCCCUACAGAGGAUAUAGUGGCCCCUACAGAGGAUAUAGCGCCCCCUACAGAGGAUAUAACGCCCCCUACAGAGGAUAUAGUGGCCCCUACAGAGGAUAUAGCGCUCCCUACAGAGGAUAUAGCGGCCCCUACAGAGGAUAUAGUGGCCCCUACAGAGGAUAUAACGCCCCCUACAGAGGAUAUAGCGCCCCCUACAGAGGAUAUAGGGGCCCCUACAGAGGAUAUAGCGCCCCCUACAGAGGAUAUAGCGCUCCCUACAGAGGAUAUAGGGGCCCCUACAGAGGAUAUAGCGCCCCCUACAGAGGAUAUAACGCCCCCUACAGAUGAUAUAGUGGCCCCUACAGAGGAUAUAGCGCCCCCUACAGAGGAUAUAACGCCCCCUACAGAGGAUAUAGUGGCCCCUACAGAGGAUAUAGCGCCCCCUACAGAGGAUAUAGUGGCCCCUACAGAGGAUAUAGUGGCCCCUACAGAGGAUAUAGCGCCCCCUACAGAGGAUAUAACGCCCCCUACAGAGGAUAUAGUGGCCCCUACAGAGGAUAUAGCGCCCCCUACAGAGGAUAUAGUGGCCCCUACAGAGGAUAUAGCGCCCCCUACAGAGGAUAUAGCGCCCCCUACAGAGGAUAUAGUGGCCCCUACAGAGGAUAUAGCGCCCCCUACAGAGGAUAUAACGCCCCCUACAGAGGAUAUAGUGGCCCCUACAGAGGAUAUAGCGCUCCCUACAGAGGAUAUAGCGGCCCCUACAGAGGAUAUAGUGGCCCCUACAGAGGAUAUAACGCCCCCUACAGAGGAUAUAGCGCCCCCUACAGAGGAUAUAGGGGCCCCUACAGAGGAUAUAGCGCCCCCUACAGAGGAUAUAGCGCUCCCUACAGAGGAUAUAGGGGCCCCUACAGAGGAUAUAGCGCCCCCUACAGAGGAUAUAACGCCCCCUACAGAUGAUAUAGUGGCCCCUACAGAGGAUAUAGCGCCCCCUACAGAGGAUAUAACGCCCCCUACAGAGGAUAUAGUGGCCCCUACAGAGGAUAUAGCGCUCCCUACAGAGGAUAUAGCGGCCCCUACAGAGGAUAUAGCGCCCCCUACAGAGGAUAUAGCGCUCCAUACAGAGGAUAUAGUGGCCCCUACAGAGGAUAUAACGCCCCCUACAGAGGAUAUAGCGCCCCCUACAGAGGAUAUAACGCCCCCUACAGAGGAUAUAGUGGCCCCUACAGAGGAUAUAGCGCUCCCUACAGAGGAUAUAGUGGCCCCUACAGAGGAUAUAACGCCCCCUACAGAGGAUAUAACGCCCCCUACAGAGGAUAUAGCGCCCCCUACAGAGGAUAUAGCGCCCCCUACAGAGGAUAUAGCGGCCCCUACAGAGGUCACACUAGAUCUCUGA